GAUCACAGAAACGGCCCUGUGUUAAAGUUCCUGGGGGAAGAGUGGAGGGACCCGGACAAACCUAAAAGCUUCAGCUCAGAGGAUACAUAUUUUUACGCCGUUUUCAACCCUGGGAGCAGUGUUGCUAAACCCGAAAAACAAGGUGCAAAAAACAGAGAAAAACCAAGGUCUCGACUGCCUGAGAACGUCAGAAAAUAAAGAAAAUGGCGGAGCCGGACAAAUUAAACAUCGACUCUAUAAUUCAGCGUCUCCUGGAAGUUAAGGGCUCUCGGCCAGGGAAGAACGUCCAGCUGACAGAAGGCGAGAUCCGCGGCCUUUGCCUCAAAUCUCGUGAAAUCUUCCUGAGCCAGCCAAUCCUGCUCGAGUUAGAGGCUCCUCUCAAAAUCUGUGGAGAUGUCCACGGUCAGUACUAUGAUCUGCUCCGACUCUUUGAAUAUGGAGGAUUCCCCCCAGAAAGCAACUACCUGUUCCUGGGUGACUACGUGGACAGAGGGAAGCAGUCGCUGGAGACGAUCUGCCUGCUCCUAGCCUACAAGAUCAAAUACCCAGAGAACUUUUUCCUGCUGCGUGGCAACCAUGAAUGCGCGUCUAUAAACCGAAUCUAUGGCUUUUAUGAUGAGUGUAAGCGAAGGUAUAACAUUAAGCUGUGGAAGACCUUCACAGACUGCUUCAAUUGUUUACCUGUGGCUGCCAUCGUAGACGAGAAAAUCUUCUGCUGUCACGGAGGCCUCUCUCCUGAUCUUCAGUCUAUGGAGCAGAUCCGCAGAGUAAUGCGACCCACAGACGUGCCUGACCAGGGUUUGUUGUGCGACCUGCUGUGGGCCGAUCCAGACAAAGACGUCCUCGGCUGGGGAGAAAACGACCGCGGUGUCUCCUUCACGUUCGGGGCAGAUGUGGUGGCCAAAUUUUUGCACAAACACGACAUGGACCUAAUAUGCAGGGCACAUCAGGUGGUAGAAGACGGAUAUGAGUUUUUUGCAAAGAGGCAACUCGUUACUUUGUUCUCGGCUCCUAACUACUGCGGAGAGUUUGACAACGCUGGUGCCAUGAUGAGUGUGGACGAGACGCUCAUGUGCUCCUUCCAGAUUUUGAAGCCAGCAGAUAAGAAAUUGUAUCCUUACGGAGGAGGAGGAGGAAUGGGAUCUGGACGACCGGUCACCCCACCACGAAACUCAGCCAAGUCCGCCAAGGCCAAGAAAUAACACCCACUUGGAUCCCCCUCCCACAAAAAAACCUGCCACCCCCUCGUCGGCCCAACACUCUUUUUUUUUUCUUUUCUUUUUUCUUCUACCUCCCCAAACUUGUUUCUUCUCCCUCGUCACCAAAAUGGCAACAAAGCAAACAAGUGUCCAGGGUUCAAUCAUGUUUUUGUUUUUUUCUUUCUUUCUCUUUUAAAACUAUUUUUAACUGUUUGUUUGACUGUUUGCGUGCAAUUGUGUGUGUGAGAGAGUGUGUGUGUGUUUAAAAAAACAGAAAAAAAGGUUUAAAAAAAAGAAAAGAAAAAGUGAGAAUGACACAGAGGAGUUGCUGUAUAUUCUGUAUUUGUGUUUUUUUUGUUUUCUUUUCUUUUCUUCCUCUGUUCUGUUUUUUUCCUGUCAUUCGUAGAGAUGGGUGAAGCCCCAUCUGUGAUGUAAAGUUUUAAAAAAAAUAUGGGUGCAGGAGGAGGGAGGGGGGAGGGGGGGAGAGAAAGAGAGACAUACAGAGAGAGAGAGAAAGAGAGAGAGAGGAGCCUUAGCUGUUUAUGUUGAGGCCCUGCACUGUUUCAAUGCUAAACACAAGCUUUUGUACAUCCUGUUACGGAGAUCUGUGUAUGUCUGUGUGAUGGGUGAGGUGAGGAGUGGGAGGGUGGAUGGGAGGGGAAAGGGGGGGGUAAAGGAGGCGGGAUGGGGGGAUGAAAUUGCACGGUCAAAAUGGUAACGACACAUACCACACACUGGGUGCACUGGUGGAUAUACUGUAUGUGCAGGUGAAAUUCACAAUGAGAUAUAUAUAUAUAUAUAAAAAAAAGAGAAAACUAUCUUUCCUUUUUUGAGAACCAAUGACUUGAGAACAGUCGUGGAUGUGAAAUAGUUUUUUUCUUUUUUUGCUUUGUUUUGUAGAUAUAUGAAACAGACAUGGUUUGAUUAUUUUACUUCCUUUCUUUCUUUCUUUCUUGUUUUCUUUAUUUUGUUGUUUUUAGUUCACUGAAAUUUGAAGAUAAAUAAAAAUAACCAUUUAUUUGA